UUCCCAUUUCAUUCAUCAUCAAUAUCAUCUCACCCUCUUCUGUAUACUAAAAAGUAAAAAAAAAAAUGCCGAGUAACCGCGAUGAAAUGUCGCUCUUCUCCGUGUUUAUCCUCAUCCUUCUCCUCUCCUCCACAAUCUCGGCCGACCGAUGCCACCCCGACGACAAAAAAGCCCUCUUUAGAAUAAAAAAGGCCUUCAACAAUGCCUACAUUUUCGCCUCAUGGACUCACGACACAGACUGUUGUGAGUGGUACUUGGUCAAAUGUGACGACACCACUCACCGCAUCUAUUCUCUUGCCGUCAGUAGUGACGAUAAGGUUUCCGGUCAUAUCCCUGACGCGGUGGGUGACCUACCGUACCUUGAAUCACUUACAUUCCUAAGGCUUCCUAAGUUAACCGGUCCAAUCCCCCAAUCCAUUUUGAAGCUUAAAAACCUUAAUUUCUUAUGGCUUAGCCAUAACAACCUCACCGGCCCAAUCCCCGACUUUCUUGGUUACCUUCCAAAAUUAACUUACAUUAACCUCUCCGUUAAUAAACUCACCGGUCAUAUCCCAUCUUCUCUAUCCAAACUCCAUGCCCUCGGCGCGCUCUUUUUGGAGCGAAACUAUCUUAGCGGACCAAUCCCCGAGAGCUUUCAAGGGUUUAAGAAUAACCCUGAUUUCUAUCUUAAACUAGCCAAGAACCAACUCUCGGGACCAAUCCCUAAAUCUUUAGGUGGGAUUAACUUUACCCUUUUGGACAUCUCCAGAAACAUGCUCACUGGUGAUGCCUCAGUGUUCUUCGGGAGGAACAAGGGGUUGCAGACUGUUGAUAUUUCGAGGAACAAAUUCUCUUUCGACCUCACCAAAGUUGGCUUGCCUAAGACCUUGAAUACUCUUGAAUUAAGUCAUAAUAUGAUUUACGGGAAUCUACCACCUACAUUAGCGAAGUUACCAAUGUUGCAGCGGUUCAAUGUUAGUUAUAAUCGGUUGUGUGGUAAGAUUCCAACUGGGGGAGAUUUGAACCGCUUUGACAAGUACUCUUAUGCUCAUAACAAGUGUUUGUGCGGCUCUCCCUUGCCUCCUUGCAAGUAAUAUGCCCCACAUAGUGCUACUUCCGUUCCACUUCAAUUGUCGCAUUACUAGUUUUAAUGUUACUGUGGAUGUCAAAUUUAUUUAAGACAAAUUAUGAAUUGCAUUAGAAUAAAUGAUCAUCAGCUGUUACUUGUUCUCUUGGGAGUGUCGAUGUUCAUCUGCAUUUUACUCUUUAUUUCUUGCAACCUUUUGCAUUUCAGAAGUGUAACUGUUUUAUUAUGUGUACCAGUACUACUGUGUCUUAUGAUUAACUAGCUUUUGAGUUUAUUUAAAGGAUGGACAAUUAUAAUGGUUGUUGAA